AUGCCGGGGUGCCGCGAACAGCACGGGAGACGCGGAGAGCGAUCCCCGGCAGCCACUGCCCGGGCAUCCCCCGAGGGGACGGGGCUCCCGGCGCCGGGCAGCCCCCGGCACACGCUUCCCAGCCCCGGCUGCCGCCGCGCUCAGAGCGCCGUGCGGGGCGCGGGAGGAGGGCAGAACCCCGCUGCCGGCAGCACCGACCUCCGGGGGGCUGCGGGGCUCCGGGCCGGCGGCGGUGCCCGUAGCAGCGGCCGUCGGACCGGGAGAGAGGGAGUAGGAAAAAGGAUGAAGCUCCGGGGGCACCUGGUGGAGGGAGCGGCGCGUAGCAGCGGCGGCGAAGGAGGAGCGGAGGCAGCAGCCGGGCGCGGGGGAGACGCCUCGAUGACUGUAGCUCCCGACGCGAGGGGUCCGUCGGGGAAGACUCGCCUUCUCCAAGUGGGAAGAGUCUCUCUUCAAUCUGCUACUUAA